GGGCCUUGGUGGCGCAUUGCCCCGCCUGCCGCAGCUGGCGCUCCUCUGAUGCCACACUGACAGCAGAGAUACAUUCACACACAUGUCCGCAUCAGCAGCGCAGUAAUGAUGUUUCUGCUGGGACUGAGUCUGUGCCUGCUUGGGAUCGUCAAUGGGAUUGUCCCCGAAACCUCUAAAACAGAUAUGGACAUCAUUGCAAAUAUGGAGACUAAUCUAGCGCAAGGACAAACCACACUGAACGAGAUAUUUCGGGAGGUGGAGGAACUGAUGGAGGACACGCAGCAGAAACUGGAGGACGCGGUGCAUCAGAUGGACAAUGAGAGUGCAAAAUCAAGCCUCAAUCCACACAAUGUCUCUUCACACCUCCAAAAUGAAAGCAGCAUUGAAAUCACCGCCGGGAAUCAAUCCGUGUAUAUUAUUGAGAGAACCAACAAGACAACAGACAAUGCAUCUGAAUCGACAAACAUCUCCAAAACCAUAGAGUCCAAUGAUAAAGUGAAUGGGAUUGAUCAUGAGUGUAUCGUUGAUGAAGACUGUGAGAAGGGCAGGUACUGUCUAUAUGGGACUCGCAGCUCAAAGUGUCUGCCCUGCAAAGAGCUUGAUGCGACGUGCACCAAAGAUGAAGAAUGUUGUGCGGGACAGCUGUGUGUGUGGGGUCAGUGCGCAGACAACAGUACAAAGGGAGACGCAGGAACUAUCUGUCAAUACCAGCGUGACUGUAAAGAAGAAUUCUGCUGUGCCAUCCAUAAAGCUUUGCUAUUCCCAGUGUGCAGCUCUAAACCAAUAGAACGUGAGCGCUGCAUCAUUUCAGCCAAUCACCUGAUGGAGCUGCUGUCAUGGGGUAUGAAGUGGGAGGGUCCUCAUGAGCACUGUCCUUGUGCUGGUGACCUGCAGUGCCAACAUCAUGGGCGAGGUGCACUGUGCUUGAAGAGCCAGAACUCCAGUGCGGACCUAACUGACACCCUGUACUGAGACUGACUACAUUGCAUAGUGAGAAUGGCCUGAUUUUGAGUCAGACAAAGUGGAGAUUCUGAUAAGGAACAUGUAUGCUUCAUCGUUACCCUCAAAAGCUUUGUAGGAAACUCCUUUACUAUAAUCAUCCAAACGCAGGCUAAACUGUAAAUGCAGCUGUGAAUAUAAGUGCUAAAGUGCUGCCUCUGAAGACAGGAGAUAUUUGGUGAAAGUCUAAAUCUGAAUGCAUGUUCACACUUACAGCGAUUUGCAGGGACAAAGCGAUCAAGUCAUUCAAUUUCAAUGCAAGUUGGAAAUGUGUGGUGAUUUAAGUGGCAGCGACCAAUGGCGAUGCAGGUAUGUCAUGCAACAAAGUUGAGAAAAGUUAUCUAUAGGCAAAUUAGUAACGCAAUGCAGCAACUACCAAUAGGUACAAAGACAUUAGAGCUUGCAUGAUCCAUCUCCUGUUAGGUACUUUAGUCAAGUCAGGCAAGAUGGAGAAGUAAACCGAAACGGUGAGCAAUUCCCCUGUUCUUUAUUUCAAUGCAUGCUAGAAAACUCAAGAAUUGUCGAUAUGCCAAGCACGUUUAAUUCAUUCAUUGAUCAUUGUUCAUCUUAUUUCUAAUAUAUAGCUGAUGCAACUUAUAUAAACAUGCUUUUGCAUUGAUUUGUUGACAAAAUAAACCAACAUCUUAUUUUUGCUGGCUAUACAUCCCAAUUGUGAUCAGACACGACCAACAAAAUCGCUGUCAGUGUGAACUGUGUAAAGUUUUGAGCAUUGGAAACGAGUGCGUAAUAAUAGUGCAAAUGUUGCAAGAAUGUUUGCGGGGGCAUAAAAGGGACAUCUCUGAUGAAAACUAGUUGUACUAAAUGUACUUGUUCGAACAGCUCGAUUUAUUCAAUAAACAUGCAGUCAUGUUAUUUCCUCUUGACAAACUCACUAUAGAGAAUAAAAAGUUGUAAAAUGUGCAAGUGUUUCUUUUUUUAUCUUACACACGUCAUCCAAAUCAAAAUGUGCUCUUAUCUGGUUUGUAACUAAAAUUUUAAAGAGGUCAUAUCAUGAAUUUUUAUUUAUAAUUUUUUUUUUUUCCAGUGAAGUUCACAUUUAACUUUUUUUAGCCAGAAAAUUCCAGUUUUUCAUGCCCAUUUUCCAACAUGUCUCUGAUCUGUAGAAUUAAACAGGCCAAUUGUGCUGCUGUGCCAUUGAGACUGCUAUGUACACGCCCUCUUAAUGCAAAAAGAGAAAGCCCUUUGCUGCACUAACAUGGGCUAAAGAUUUACUGUCGUUCCAGUGUAGUUUGUGCUGCUCGAACCACAACAGCCUCAAAACCAUGCAUUAAAUUGUGACCGAUUCACAAAAUAAUCCAAACUGGAAUGUACCACACAAACUCGUAGUCAAAGUGAAAUGAUCAGGAACUUAAAAAUAAACUUCACUAUUUCCUAACAUUUGGGAUCCUUUAAAAGGAUAUGGUACUACACACUGCCAGGAUCAGCACAAGAUUUAAUGAGCUUUCCCACAUUUUAUUUUUGUUUCUAUUUCUGGUGGUUAUUAAUAGUAGUCUCUAUCCUUCUGAUGUCCUUCAAAAAAAGGACUAAGAAUAAGCCAGGUUUGCAGCUAGGGCUGAGUAUUGAUACAGAUUUCCUCAUUCGAUUUGAUUCUGAUUCACAAGUUCUCAAUUUGAUUCCGAUUUGACAUCGAUUCAUAUGGGUAUAUUAGUUACAUCCAUCCUCUCUCAGCUAAUGCUCGUAAUUAUAAAGGGACAUUCUAACCUUCUUUGUAAACCAUUCA